AUGGCUGCGAAUGCUGUUUCACAGGAAUGUGAUGAUACAGAACUUUUAACAUGUCCUGUGUGCUUGGAAUUGUUUAUAAAGCCUGUUAUUCUGGAAUGUGGACACAAUUUCUGCAAGUCCUGUAUUGACAAAGUUUGGGACAGCAGUGAUAAAAUGCCUGCCUGUCCUGAGUGCAGGGAAGAAUUUCAGACCAGGAAAUACUCUGUAAACUGGUUACUGGCCAAACAAGUUGAAGCUGUGAUACUGAGAACAGGGAGCACAGAAGGGAAUUCUGUAGAAGGCCGGCCACCAAACAGUGCUUUCUGUGUGCAGCAUGCAGAGAAACUGAAAUUGUUCUGCAGGGAGGAUGAGACCCUUGUCUGUAUCAUCUGUCGGGAUUCUGCAAAACAUGCUGGUCAUAGCUUCUUGCCUGUGGAUGAAGCAGCCAGUUUGCAUCGGGACAAAAUUACCACAGCAAAAGCUAAUCUUCAACCAAGACUUCAGGAGCUUGUGGAACUACAGACCAAACAAGAACAAAAGAUUAUGGAUAUCAAAGACCAUGCCAGCAGCUUGGAGCAGCACAUCAGAUCAGAGUUUGCUGUCAUGUACCAGUUCCUGCAAAAACGGGAGCAAAGUCUGAUCCAGAAGCUCAAGGAUGAGGAAGAAGAGACCUUAAGAAAGAUGGAAGACAAUCUGAGGAGCAUUAAAGAAAAGAUCACCACCUUUGAGAAGAGCAGUGAGUAAUAUAUCAGAAUUGUGUAACAGUGUGGAGCAAACUGGUGGCACAUACAAACCCGAUUUGAAUUGUGGUAAACUUAGCUUUUGGCAUUUCACAGGACCAUUACAAUACAGUGUCUGGAAAGAAAUGAAGUCUAUUAUUAGCCCUGUUCCAUCCUCACUGUUCCUCGAUUACAACACGGCACACAAAAGUCUUGUUCUAUCCCAGGACCUGACCAGCGUGGUGAAAAUUGAUAAACAUCAAUAUUUUACUCAGAUGGAUUCUCUAGCGGUGGCUCAGUUAUUGUCUCUGACGAGUGCUCAGAUGAGUACUUUGACGGCUGAUAUGCUUGAGAUGAAAAUAUAUUAUACUGCUGUUCUAGCAUCUCAGAUGUUCUCAUCAGGAAGACACUAUUGGGAGGUAGAGGUGGGCGACAAGGCAUGGUGGGUUCUUGGAGUAGUAGCAAAGUCUGUUAUCAAGGAGGGCAGAAUCCCCCAGUCUAUCACUUUUGGUCACUGGGCCAUUUGUUUGCAAGCAGGGAGUAAAUACUGCACAUGUGAACAAGUACCAAAAUUGCUUAGUCUCAGCAUAAAACCACAGAAGAUUGGGGUGUACCUUGAUUAUGAAGGAGGCCAGAUAUCUUUUUACAAUGCUGAUGGCAUGACUCACAUUCACACCUUCAGUGAUAUCUUCAAGGAAUGUCUUUACCCUUCCCUUAGCCUUGAUUUUGGACAUCACUGUAGUAAACCACUAAAAUUAUUUCACUUGAAGCUAUAAUUUUUCCAAAAGUUAAGCAUCUUGCUGUGGCAUUUGAUUCACUAUAACAUUUAUUAUCAUUGCUUUAAAUCAAACAAUCAUCACACACUGCAAGAUGUUAUGUGAGCACUGGAUGGGACUCCAUAUUUAAAUCUACUUGGGCUUCUGUUAUUACUGCUACCAUAAAAUGGCUGCAAACUCCCUAAAUAAAACAUUUAAAUACAUUAUGCUAAGCAUUGGCAAUAUACAUCAUAGGUAUACUGAAACUGCAAUUUUUAAUGGGAAUGAUGUAUGUAAAUUUGGUCUACAAACAGAACCUAGGAGGUAAAAAUCUUUAUAAUGUCUUAAAUCUACUAGUCACAAAUAUUGACAUUUAUAAUAGAGGAGAGAGUUUCACCUGAAGAUUGAAUAACUUCAUUCUGAAAUUUCACAGUUUGCAGUUUAAGCUCAAUAUGUUUUGGGUAAAGUUUUCUGUACUGAAAAGGCCGUCAUGUAGUUGAGUUUUGAUAUGCUGCCUGAAGUUUGCCUAUAAAUUACUGCUUCUUUUUAUUGUGAUUGUACUGCAAGUCAAGUGUAACUGUAAUAUAGCAUCAGUCAAAUGUUGUAAAAUUGUUGGCCACAAACAUGAAUCAACAGUGGUGGGACCUUUUGAUAGAUAGAUUAAUGACUGCAUGAUUCAUAUAAAUCAAAUGCAAUGACGCAUUGUCUGCAUUAUACUAACAUGUAUAGUUCUGUUUUAUAAGGAUACAUUGACUCUGAGCAUAAAUGGUCCACUAGGGUAUCUUAACCAGAUACAUGUCAUAUGGUCAAAUGAUUUAAACACUGAACCUCACUUCAGCAAGAUGAAAGCACUGAACAUGUGAAUCACUGAAAGCAGACAUCAUCGAAUCUCACCACAUCUAAUGGCAAUAGUUGAUCAGUAGCUGCACAUAUAUUGGAAAGAUUAUACAUAUUUACUGCCAUUAUGUUAUUCAUGACAAAAGUAAUUAGUAAGAUGAUAAUGAUGCAGCUGUUGUUGGGCAGUUAUUGCUAUUCAAUGUGGUAAGAUUUGCUGAAGUCACCUUUCCAUGAUUAAGACUUUCGAUGCUCUUGUCUCACUGAAGUGAGGUUCAAUGUUCUAAUUGUUCAAUCAUAUGACAUGAAUCCAUCUUAACCACAGCCUGAUAUUCUUAGAACUGUGUGUAGUUGCAUCUCUUGUUUCAUUUUUUUGUUGUGUAGUAUGCAUACUACUACUACUAAUAACAAUAAUAAUAACAAUAACUGACUAUCUAACUAACUAAAUAAAUAAAUGCACAUGCCUUCCAUCUAUCCAGACUCUUCUGGUGAAAGUUUGGUACACACUGCAAAUUUUGCUUUGCUGUUUAUCAUCACAGUAAUAGUUGCACUCUUCCUAGUGUCAGGUUGCUCUGGAAACCUUUGGUUGAGCAUUGUAAUGUUUACUUAAAUAUGUCUGUAUAUACUAUAAAUAGCAUUAACUGGAAAUCCUAAAAAAACUGUAAAACUGCAGAGUAAAUAUCAGUCACAACAGUUAUAACUAAUGUCAAAACAAUCAACAAGAUCAAUUGCUAAUGAUUAAAGCAUGCGUCGUUUUUGAAUUCUAAGGAAA